AUGGAGCCUGAUAGCUCCCCGUCGUGGCAAGAAACCACGAAACCAUCGACAAGUCCCACUCAAUACUCCGAAAAGAAACGCCUCACAGGCCUGAUUUUACAUGCAAUGCUACGUAUCCUGCAGUGUAUAUUCGCAGUAGUCGUCGCGAUUCUAUACGGACUUGAUCUUCAAUCAACAACGAAGAGCCAUGCAAGGGCUGAUGCGUCUUGGGUCUACGCCGAGGUUGUAGCUACACUUUCCAUAAUAAGUUGCAUCAUGCAAUUGUUCUUCAUGACGGCUGUGUGGUACUGGUGCUUGUUGGAUGCUCUGAUCUCUGUCCUAUGGUUGGCGCAAUUUGGUGUGUUUGCUUCAUUGUUCUUAGGUGACAGUUUCAAAGACCAACUGGCGCCAACUUCGAUUGACAGGAUGCGGGCGGCGGUUUGGGUCAAUCUCGACUGUGUUGUGUUAUGGUUUGCGGCAUCAAUGUAUGGUGCUAUAGGGUGUUGUGCCCGUUUCAAGAGGUCGCGGCAGAAACGCAAGUAUGCCUGCAAAGGUUUUGGGGCAGAUGAGGAGAAACUGGCAAGCCAUGACGUGGAUAUUGACUGA